AUGUCACUUGAAAAAGAAGAGGAGAGAUGUGGCAACACAUUCUGCCAACAACUAAAACGUCCUGGUUCCUAUUUUCGACGACAUCCCGCAAAACAGGAAAAAGUUUGCAGUUGCGCCAAUGCAUCCUGUAAGCGAACUCUAUCUGUGGGAGAAUAUAAUGAUCACCCUGAAACUAACGAAAAGAUUUGCAAUGCUUGCUACAAUUAUUACAAAGUAAAUGGAAAAGACCGAGAAGUGAUCAAAACUGUGAGAAGAAGAGAGAAACAUGAGACAAAUUGUGCCAAUACGUUCUGUAAGAGAACUCUACUUACGAGAAAAUUUAAUGUUCACCCUGUAACUAAGGAGAAGAUUUGCCAUGCUUGCUAUUUGUAUCAUAAAAAGAAAGGAAAAGACCGAACAUCGAUUAUGGAAACUAAGAGAAAAAUAAGACUUGAAACAAAUUGCUCAAAUACAUUCUGCAAGCUACUACUACCUCCGGGAAUACACGCCAUCCAUCCUGUCACUAAGGAGAAAAUUUGUGUUGAUUGCUAUCUUCAGUUGACAAGGACAACUGAGGAGGGAGUCAUCGAGGAAGAAGAUAGUGAAACUGAUUGGGACGAGGAGGAAGAGGAAAAUGAAGAAUCUACUAGUGAUAUAGACAAUAUCACUACCUCUAACGUUUACAAUGAACCAAAUUGCUAUCAUCCGUUUAGAUAUAUCAAUGAAACCCAAAGCGAGUAUUCGAGUAAUCAGUUCUACAAAAAUUCUCAAGAAUACCAAUCUAGUCGUGGUCAGAAACUUGUUGCAAAUACCUUGGCAGGUCGAUUUGAUUGCUAUCAACCGGGCAGCUAUAACAGUGGAACCAAUUGGAAUCAAGAAUUUGUGCCUAUGUAUGAACAUCAGAAAGCAGCUCAGUUUACAAAAUACCAAUAUAGUCGUGAGCAACAACCUGAUUGCUAUCAACCGGCCAGCUAUAACAGUGAAACCGAUUGGAAUCAGGAAUUUGUGCCUCAGUUCGAAAUUAACACUUCUCACAUGAUGCAUUGUUAUGAGCCACCACAGGAGGAUGUUUAG